GGCUCUCUUUCAUCAAGGAUAUUUCAGGAGACAUUUUUACUUGGGAGAGUUCUAAUCACCAUGGUUACACCAAGGGAGCCUUUAGUGAACGGGAUGGGGGUAGGAGUCACUCUUGAGGUAAGAGACCCUGUAUCCCUAUGAACUGCCGUCUAUGUAACCGCGCUCCAGAGCAAUCUUCACUGCCUAGAGCGCUCAACACACUACAGCCUCCAACUUGAACUCCGCAACAUUACCGACCCGCUGUGGAAAAGCAUAGCUGUGCUCAUUGAGAAAGUGCAUAGACAUCUAGUCCGGCUGCUGUUUUCCAUCAUUGCAACACUGCUGCUUCUUGUGAGCGGAGAUGUUUUGGAAGAACCGUGCUUCAUGGGACUCUUCGGAAUAUGUUUCAGAAGCUGCCUUGUCAAAGGAUGGUGCUCCGGUCUGCGGAACAGUGCUGCCUACUAGCCCAGAGAAUAUGCAAUGUCUAACAGUGACUAUCCUUCGGGGUAAAGAUGGCUUUGGCUUCACCAUCUUCUCAGACUCACCUGUGCGUGUUCAGGCUGUUGAUCCAGGUGGUCCAGCUCACCAGGCUGGGUUACAACUAAUGGAUACUCUUCUGCAGCUCAACGGCCUACCAGUGGAGCAAUGGAAAUGCGUGGACCUAGCUCAUGCCAUCAGAAACUGCCAAGGCGAGAUAACCUUAGUGGUAUGGAGGACCGUCCCUUUAAUGAAGCCUUAUUUUGAGGGACUGAUCCACAGGCCGUCGUAUAAGAUGCCUAUCAGCGAUGCCAUGGUGGCUCCGGUAGGGAAGAAACAAGACAAGACCCCCCCUCUGUUGACCCACCCAGCCUGCGGCAGACGUAGCGAAUGCAAGCAAGGGCCUGGAUCGGAGGUCAAGGGUGGCCUCGGAUCCUUGUGGAGGGAUAAGAGAAUGGACAAAAGGGAAGAGGGCUAUAAGGGACAAGAGCCUGACUAUGGGACUGCAAAGACCAGGACUCGGACCCUCAAAGGCACCCGGGUGACCUCAUCAAACGGCGACAACUACAUUAUCCUCUCCCCUGUGGACGCAGGAAGCCAGAUCUUGCAAUCCGUUUAUCAAGACAGGAAUGGUACUCUUGGAAGGAUCUAUCAAACCCACCCCAGCAGAGGGCUACAACAGGCUGAUGGUUUUCUCCAAGAACCUGUUGCUGGUCUACAGUCCAGAGCCUUAUCUUCUCAACACUCCAUCAAUGGCCAGACUGCCACUAUGCCGCCCCCAUCGAGCUACCAACCCAGCUAUGGCAAUUACCAAAACUGCACUAUUGUCCAAUCUCAUUUGCCCUACUCCAAUUACGGCACCUACGUCACGCUGGCACCCAAAACCCUCAUCUUCCCUGUCUUUGUUCAGCCUCUCGACUUGUGUAGCGAGCGAACACUCCUUCUCUCAGAGGAGAUGAUGCUGCAUGAAAGCCAGUACAUGUCUAUCAAGGUGACGGUGCUCAUCUACACAGACCUGAUGCUGCUGACCAGAGAGGAUGAUGCAGGCCACUGUAAUGUUCUGCAGAGCCCAUUGUACCUUCACCAUCUCCGCCUGCGUGAUGUCCUGGCUGAUGUUUUGAGGUUAUACAUAAUCCACUGGACAGAGAGCAGUGAGUGCCUUUUCAGUUUGGAGGCGUACACAGUGGAGCAGAAGAGGCGUGUACAUCAGUGUCUGCUGGAGAAUAUUGACAAGCAGCAGGGGCAGAGAGAGACACAGGUACUUGAUCAGAUGUUGGAGCCCAUGGCUGAUAUACAGUGCCAGCUAAGUGUCUUAAACCUGGGCCGCCAGUCCGCGAAUGAGCUGUCCUCCUGUGGUCAUUCCCCUGAACCAUACAGCGUGAGCAGCCCGUCCGACGACACUCGGAACCUAACCCCUCUGGUGGUGUGCAACACAGAGGACCUCGGGCAGAUGUUGCCCCUAACACCACCACCGUGUACUGUGGGAAAGACCCGGAAAAGCAUGAGACUGGAGAGGACAGAAAUCUGGAAGGAGACAGAGAAGACAAGAGAGGAGGUCGAUGGGGAGAGGCAGGAGGGUGAAGGGGAGAGUGCCUCAGAGACGUCUGAGACAGCGGGUUUAAUGGCCAUCGUAGCUUCAUCCCCCUCACCGUCCUCCCCCUUUAUUGACCUGGAUGUGAGCAUCUUCAGUCGCCCGUUCAGCACAGAUGCUACAUUCUCUCCGGUGGAGGUGGGAGAAGAGGAGGAAGAAGAUAGCGAUGAAGACCUAGAAUACAGGAACAUUGGUGUGUGCUCCUCCUUUAGGAAAAUGGUAUCGGGCAACGAGGAGCUGAUGACCCUCCACAGACGCACCCUUAGUGAAGGCAGCCUGCUGCUGGAGCCUCGCUCGCCACGCUUCAUAUCCGACAGCACUAUCCACUGCCUGGACAGAGACCACACCCUCACACCUGGUGGUUGGACGUGUCCCUCCCCCCAGACACUAAGGAAGGAGCUGACUAGGGACGGAGGCUCAGUGCACCAGCUCUACAUGCUCCUUUCAGGGAGGAAGGUAUGCAGACAAUCUGACUGUAACUGUGAGUUUGCGCAUUGCCAUGCAAAAAAGAAGUCCAUGAACCUGGCCAAGGACUUAAAAAAUCAUCUAACUUUCUUAAGGAAGAAGAACAAUUUCCAUUCCGGCAACUCAGUGAAUGGUCUGGAGAAAGUAAUGAAAUCUUUCAAGCCUACACCAGAAGAGGCUUUGAAAUGGGCAAAAUCCUUUGAUACGCUGCUGGCUCACAAAUACGGAGUGGCAGUCUUCCGAGGGUUCUUACAGACAGAAUUUAGCGAGGAGAACUUGGACUUCUGGUUGGCCUGUGAGAAGUACCGGAACAUCAAAUCCCAGUCCAAAAUGGAUUCUCAAGCAAAGCAAAUCUUCACAGAGUACAUAUCCAUACAGUCCUGUAAAGAGGUGAAUCUGGACUCCUAUACCCGAGAGGUCACCAAGGAGAACCUGCAGAGCACCUCUUCCUCUACCUUUGACCUGGCCCAGAACAGGAUCUACGGCCUCAUGGAGAAAGACCCAUACCCUCGCUUUCUGCGCUCUGACAUCUACAGGGCCUUGACCAACCAAAAGAGGCUCAGUGACAUGACAGCAGACUUUCCCUAAGUUGGAGGAGCGAUUGAGGACAUUUGAUGAGUUGGAGCCAUGGGCCGUGUUCAUUAAAGUUUAAACUGGAUGAGUCCAGGUAGCUCUUCAAUGUUAAAAUACAUGUUCUUCCAGUUAGUGCCUAAUGAACAUGACCAUGAUGUUGUUUUUAAGAUUGUACUCACUCCAUGCUGCCCCCUGCUCCUCAGCAGGAGCAGGGAACUUUGUAAGGACUUUUCACUCCACCAGAGCAGUGGACAUUGGACAACUGUGGCCAGAUGCCAUACACAUUGUGUUGUCUGAAUUGAAUAAGCAAAUGGUUUGGUACUUUUUUGUCUUUGUUACAUUUACCUCAUCUUAUUCUACAUUACACGCCAUGGCCUCUUUCCCAACCCAGUUCUGUGAUCAUUGAUACAACCAACUUUUCCUCCUGGCUAUAUAUAUUAUUAAGCCUAGAGAUUUUUUGACAAAUUCAUUCUAAUGGGUCUUCCUGUUUGUGUUAGAGACCAAACCCAAAUUGCCUUCUAUUCCUGUAUAUUACAAAGGCUUGUUUCUAGCAAUUCUCUGUUCCAAAGACUCAAACAUACUACACAUUAGGUCUAGAUGUUAAACAUUGCUGAGUGGCCAUCCAGUCUAUUCAAACAUUUUGUGAAAUUCCUAACCAUUAAACUAUAACUUGCUAGAUUAUCUCUAAUAUUUCAGAAUUGGAAACUGUAAUACGCAGUGGAAGCCCGUGCUUACAGAAAACCAUACGUUUUUAAGUGCAAUAUGAAUGUUUUAUGUAUAAAGGAGAAAUAGUAUAAUACACUGUUUGGUUUUUUAUUGUUUAUGGUGUCUUCUACAGUUGUUAAACAUCACAUAACAUGAAAAAGCAAUGUAUCAUUAAUAAAUAUUAACGCAUGACAUCAGCAACACAAUUGGCUUUCAGAGUUUUCUAGGGAGACAAGUGUAUGUCCUCGGGGAAGAGAAAAUAUGUUAAUCCAAGGAAAGGGAUCAUAUGAAAAAGAACAAACUGAGUUAUAAAAUAACUGUUUUACCUAUGCUGCCAAUGUAAAAUGGCGAUUUGCUUAUAAAUAGUACAUUUUGUUCUAUUCACUAUGUGCAAUUUAGAAUAUUUAUGCAUUUUAAUGAAUAGAUAUUGUAAUAAAAUGACUGAGAAUCUGGCAGUUGUAGAUUCUGACAUUUUGUCACUUUGUCAGUUAUUCAGUGGAAACCAAUAGAUACUGAUCAUCUUACAAUUAAUGUUUUGUCAACGUUAAUUUCUACACUGUAUGACUACAAUUUUACACAUAUAUUUACCAAUAGGCAAAAUAAAUCACUAUUGGUCAAAUUAAUGUUUAUUUGCAUGCUCCUUCAUUUUUUUUUCACAAUAUUGUAUCGACAUUCUGAUGUUUAUUUAUUUAUUAUCCUGUCGACUGCGGUCUUUUAAAUUACUGUAGCGGUCGCUGGACAGGUGUGUUUCUUUAACAAUUAUAGUUGUGUAUAUAUCACAAAAUCUACCUGAUAAAAGCCUUUUACUGUAUUCCCAUGGAUGUCGUCAUUCAUAAGAAACCAGAAAAGUAUAUGCCUUCAUUUGACUAUAUAUACGCGCCUUACUCAAAAUGCUAGCGCCAAUAAGUGGCAAAAGCUUUUUAACGUUAGAACAGAUUGUUUCUGUGUUUUUUGGUGAUAUGGUUAGAAACGUCCUUGCAGAAUGUGAUAAAGAUGCUGAGUUGAGUAAAAAAUAAACUGUGACUAUAAGUUUUGUGUUGUCCAUAUUUUAUGCUGUAAAAUGUCGGUAAUAUCUUUUAGAUCACAAUAGCAACCCGGUCGUGAUAACUUGAUAGACAAGCACAUCAGCUGUGGAGCUCGAAUGGUUGCUUGCUCAGUCUAGUAAUGGAAAGCGUUGCAGUAGCUGUGUACGGUCCGUGUAGUGGGUCAAUCGUUAUUUUACCCUAAACAGUGUAGAUGUAUUGAUUGUAUAAGUUAGUGAACUGUUGUAAGCUGUUGUAACCAAUGA